GCUUCCGGCUUGUACGGCGUCGCCCCCUCUGUGCCAACGGUUCUGCCGCUCCUCCUUCGGAGGCCGCCACCGACCUGCGGCUCUCAGGCCUCGAGUCCACUGGGAGGAGGAGGAGGGAGACCGACGGCACGGCGGAACUCCAGCUCCCGGCGUGCUCCGCGCCGCGCAGGGGCCGGCAGGACCGCCCACGCCCCGCCCUCUUAAAGAGGCCGCGCCUCGCUCUUUGGCCCUGGAGGAGUUGCCCGCGCGGGGAGAGGGCGGUGGCGGUCAUUCGCCUCCUGGUCUCGUCUCCGGUUCCGCGUCCGAUCCCGCGUCCCGUCUUUCCCCAGGCCGCCAAGAGAAGGGAUGCGGGGAAACCCGCGUCCAGAGCUUUGCUCGUGGCGCCGCGGAGCUCCGGAUAGAGGACACUGAUGCUUGGGCUGAACGUCCAGGGCGCGGCUACCUCGUCCCGCUGAAAAUGUGCAUGUAAGAUGCAGCCUGACCCGAGCUGCCGUCUGGAGCCCUUGCUGUGCUGGGACCAUGAGGGCCUUGGAGGAGAGUCUCUUCUGGAUGCUGCUCCUGGCCCUCUGCUUGGUGGCAAGUGCCACAGAGCAUGCGGAGGUGGCAAAACAUGCCAUCAAGCUGCACCGCGGCAAGGGAGCACCUGCCGCCCAGAGGAGGCAGUGGGCCCUGGACAGCUGCAGGAAGCUCACCGGGCUCCUUCGGCAGAAGAGUGUUGUUCUCAACAAGCUGAAGAGUGCUAUCAGAGCCGUGGAAAAAGAUGCUGGCCUGUCAGAUGAAGAGAAGCUGUUCCAGGUGCACACGUUUGAGAUUUUCCAGAAAGAACUGAAUGAAAGUGAAAAUUCCGUCUUCCAGGCCAUCCACGGGCUGCAGAGAGCCCUGCAGGGGGAUUACAGAGACGUGGUCAACAUGAAGGAGAGCAGCAGGCAGCGGCUGGAGGCCCUACGGGAGGCCGCCAUCAAGGAAGAGACCGAGUAUGUGGAACUUCUCGCCGCAGAAAAACAUCAGGUGGAAGCCCUUAAGCACAUGCAGCAUCAGAACAAGAGCCUCUCCAUGCUGGACGAGAUCCUCGAGGACGUGAGGAGGGCGGCAGAUCGCUUAGAGGAGGAGAUAGAGGAGCAUGCCUUCGAUGACAACAAAUCAGUCAAAGGGGUCAACUUUGAGGCAGUUUUGCGGGUGGAGGAGGAAGAGGCCAGUUCCAAGCAGAAUAUCACAAAGCGGGAUGUGGAGGAGGGCCUGGGCUUGAGCAUGCUGAUCGACUCCCAGAAUAACCAGUAUGUCCUCACGAAGCCCCGGGACGCCACCAUUCCACGUGCAGACCACCACUUCAUAAAGGACAUUGUCUCCAUAGGUGUGCUGUCCUUACCUUGUGGCUGGCUGUGCACAGCAAUAGGGCUGCCCACCAUGUUUGGGUACAUCAUCUGCGGUGUGCUUCUGGGGCCUUCAGGACUGAACAGCAUCAAGUCCAUGGUCCAGGUGGAGACUCUGGGAGAGUUCGGGGUCUUCUUCAGUCUCUUCCUCGUUGGCCUGGAGUUCUCCCCGGAGAAGCUGAGAAAGGUGUGGAAGAUAUCCUUACAAGGACCAUGCUACAUGACCCUGCUGAUGACGGCCUUUGGCCUGCUGUGGGGACACCUCCUACAGAUCAAACCCACUCAGAGUGUCUUCAUUGCCACCUGCCUGUCAUUGUCUAGCACUCCCCUGGUGUCUAGGUUCCUUGCAGGCAGUGCCCGGAGUGAUAAAGAAGCAGGUGACGUUGACUACAGCACCCUGCUGCUGGGCAUGCUGGUGAUGCAGGACGUGCAGCUGGGGCUGUUCAUCGCUGUCAUGCCGGCGCUCAUACAGGCGGGAGCAGCCCCGUCCUCCAGCGUGGUCGUGGGAGUGCUGCGCACGCUGCUCCUGGCUGGCCAGACCCUCUUCUCCCUGGCUGCAGUCUGUCUGCUGUGUCUCCUCCUAAAGACGUACCUCAUAGGACCCUUCUGCCGGAAGCUGCACGUGGAGAGCAAAGGGAACAAGGAGGUUCUCGUCCUGGGCGUGUCUGCCUUCAUCUUCCUAAUGCUGACGGUCACAGAGCUGCUGGACGUGUCCAUGGAGCUGGGCUGCUUCCUGGCCGGAGCUCUGGUCUCUUCCCAAGGCCACAUGGUCACUGAGGAGGUCAUGGCCUACCUUGAGCCCAUCCGCGACUUCCUGGCCAUCGUCUUCUUCGCCUCGAUAGGUACCGUGGUGGUUACAGGUCUGGGAGGGCCAUCUCCUGCUGUCCCCACGCAGCCUGCAGGGGUGAGCUUUGUGCUCACCGCCCCAGCACCCUGAAAAUUCCAGGAACUCUAUGGGCCUUCCCCUAGGUGAGUUGUUAAGACUAAACCCAUCAUGUCCAGGGGGUUGCUCUGGGACCUCCAGUGGCUGGUUUGGAGAAGUGGCUCAACUGACAGGGCUGCCUGGGCUGCAGAAGGCCUGCCAUGUCCCUGGCCUCUCUCCCUUUGGUGAUUAUUGUCCAAGACACUUGUGCAGUCUAUGUGGGUCCGUAGGUCCUGCUGCCCCAGGGAGAUGUGGAAACUGACCUGGAGCUGUACGUGGACAUGUGAGGGGCCAGGCAUAGCCACUUCCGUCCCAGGGAGAAGCAGAGGAGCCCAGCCUUUCACCAGAGGGGAGGGAGAUCUUUGGCCAGUGGGGUUGGGGAGCUGGCGCUCUUCGGUUCCCGGGAAAUGGGCCCAGAGCAGGGAGGCCAUGGAGAGCCCCGACGGUGGCUCUGUGGUCCUUUUCCCUUGGCCCUCCCGCCUGUGCUUCUGUACUCAGGGCCCACCUGUGACACCCGCUCGGCAUGUGCAGUGGACCCUGCCAUUCCCCCUCCGCGGGGCAGGGUCUGAGGAGAUGGACCAGGCUGCGAAGGCACUGGGAAGAGGGCCCGUGGGUGUGGAGCUCCGGCUCUGGAGCCUGGGUCCGUCCCUGGACAGGGCGUGCCGCGCCCUGCCUGGCCUCCCCCGCGUUGUGAGGGACUCAGGGUGCGUCUGUGCUUGUGGUGGUCAGCUUGGGCUGUCCUGACAGAGCCCCUGGACUGGGCUGCUCCAGCCACAGAGGUCUCUUUCUUUCUCUAAGUGUCUCUCUCUGUCUCUUUUUUUUUUUAACUGUUAACUAAGCUUUAUUUGACAGAAAGUUUACUAUGAAGGCGUAUGUGGCUCCCCUGCCUCUCUUCCUCUUCCAAGGCCACAGCCUAGUGAGUGACCCCCCUCGGUCACCUGGUUACGUCCUCAGGCCUCACCUCCAGACACCCCUGGUAGGGCCCCAGCUGGAGUGUGAGACUCCGUUCAGUCUGGGGCCUGGGGCAGUGCAGACCGCGUGGCCCACGAGGCAGGAAGACCUGGCCACCCAAACUCUGGAGCGGGCUGCCGGCCUGCUGCUCCACUGCCACGGCCACUUCCUGCCAACGAUUCGGCGCUCAUUCUUAGGAGAUUUUCAGCAAUAACUUCAUCCCCUGCCUGACCCACCUCCCUGAGGGUUCCGGAGCAGGCCCUGCAGGUUUUGGUGGGACGGAGAGGUGUCUCGUGGUUGCUUGUCACUUCCUGGGGGGACCCGGCUUGAGCACCAAGGCCCUUGCCCACCUGGAUGUCUGUGGCCUUGGUGCUGGCGCAGCGACCCUGAGGGUGGUAUUCAUCCACCCCACAAGCCCACGUGGAAGACGCCGGGCCUGAGAGGCUGAGCGGUGUAGUUAGGAAGUGGAGGGUCAGGCUGGGCAGAGUCAUGGGUCCCCUGUGGCACACAUGGUGUUUGGUGUUUGUCAUGAGAGUCAGUGACACCAGAUGGGAAGUUGUGGCCUGGCUUGCUUGCCUUCCUGCCUGUCGAGCGAGAGUGAUGUGACACCCAGUGGCAGGGUCCCAAUUUCUCAUGAUCCCCAGAGCUGCCAUGCUGAUGUCGUGAGCCGAAUGCAGGGCAGGGUGCCAACCAGGGGGUGUUGCCUCCUGGACAGCGUCCACAACAGCUGGGCCUGCAUGGGACAGGGUCUGCCAGGGAAGCCGGCGGCAGCCAGGCAGAAGCCAGGGUGUUCACCAGGCCAGAGGCAGGAGCCCAGGCAUCCUGGGGGUGGACAGGCUCUGGGAAGAGCUGGGGCACUGGGGGAAAGCAGACCACAGCGCCCAUCCCGGUCCUACAGAGCGGGAGCAGCCAGUGCACACAGGGCCCCGGGGACAGGCUUAGGACCGGCCCUGGGAAGGGCACCCUCGAGAAGGGCCUGGGUGUGCAGUCAGCAGAGUGCAGCCCAGUGGUGGGGGAGGCAUCUCUGGGUUUCAGGAGGGAGGAGGCCUUCACGAUGCACUUCCAAGGAGACCCAGGUGGGCUGUGGGUCUUGACUCCCGAGGUCUUGGGUACAGUGCUCCCCUUGGGGGACGGUGGGGCUGCCCGCAGGUGGAGCUGGAGUUCACUCCCUGCUGCCGCCUGUCCUCUGGCCGUCCCUAGGCAGUGCACAGCAGCAGCCCUGCAGGAGUGUGGAGCAGGGAGGUGUCAGGAAGACCUCCGUGUGGCCUCAGGGGACGAGCAGGGGCAGCCCGACUGGGGCUGGCAGUAGACACAGGACUGUGGCCCCCCUGGGUCCGGCUGCCCACUUGCAGAGGCAGGGCCACACACCCAGGUCUGGGAAGGCCCGUGCAGGGACCCCACCCCCCGUGUGGCAGGAAGUGGAGUGGUCACCCUACUCCCUCUCUCUGGGAGAGGGAGAGGGCUCGGUCCAGGGUGGUCAGGGGACUUAGGUUGUGGCUCUGUCCUGCUGGAGCAAGGGGAGAGUCAAGGGCUGGCUGGGCCCAGGCAUCCCUGGGC